AUGGAAGUUGCCGGCUGGACGACGCACCUGCCAACACCUCAAUCGCCGCCGAACCCCGCCAGAGUCCAGACAUCCUUCGCCCACCUCCGUCGGCCCCGACCAUCACAGUCGGCAUGCAUAUCUCACACGCAGACGCAGACGAGGUGUCUGAACGCGGCUGCCGCUGCAGCCCAAGUCACACCGAGCUCCCAACACCAGCCACUCACCACCCGCCGGAGUCUCAUCAAGGAUGCGAAGCCCUUCUCCGACUUCCUCACCGAUACCUUCCACCGCCAGCACGACUACCUCCGCAUAUCCGUCACGGAACGUUGUAACCUUCGCUGCCUCUACUGCAUGCCCGAAGAAGGCGUGCCGCUCUCCCCGACGAAAGAACUCCUCACCACCCCGGAAAUCGUCCUCCUCUCCUCCGUCUUCGUCUCCCAGGGGGUAACCAAGAUCCGUCUGACGGGCGGGGAGCCCACGGUGCGCCGCGACAUCGUCCCGCUCAUGCACCAGAUCGGCGCCCUCCGGCCCCACGGCCUCCGGGAGCUGUGCCUGACCACCAACGGCCUCUCCAUCCACCGCAAGCUCGACAGCAUGGUCGAGGCCGGCCUCACCGGCGUCAACCUGAGCCUCGACACCCUGGACCCGCACAUGUUCCAAAUCAUGACCCGGCGCAACGGCUUCGACGCCGUCAAGAAGAGCAUCGACCGCAUCUUUGCCCUCAACAAGGCCGGCGCCGGCAUCAAGUUCAAAAUCAACUGCGUCGUCAUGCGCGGCCGCAACGACGCCGAAAUCGCCCCCUUUGUCGAGAUGACGCGCGAAAAGGACGUCGAGGUCCGCUUCAUCGAGUACAUGCCCUUUGACGGCAACAAGUGGAACAAGGGCAAGAUGCUGGGCUACGCCGAGAUGCUCGACGUCAUCCGCGAGACGUACCCCACCCUGGCCAAGGUCGAAGACCACAAGAACGACACGAGCAAGACGUGGCACGUCCCCGGGUUCGCGGGCAAGAUCGGCUUCAUCACGAGCAUGACGCACAACUUUUGCGGGACGUGCAACCGGCUGCGCAUCACGAGCGAUGGGAACCUCAAGGUCUGUUUGUUUGGCAACACUGAGGUCUCGCUGCGGGAUAUCCUGCGAAAGUCCAACAAUGGCGAGCCCAUUGACGAGGCGGCGCUCGAGGCGAUGAAGCAGAUUGAGAUGGACCGCCGGCAGGGGCUGGCGGACGCCGAGAAACCGCUGGGCGCGGCGCUCAACGAGGCGGAGCUCCUGGACGUCAUCGGCAUGGCUGUCAAGCGGAAGAAGGAGAAGCACGCGGGUAUCGGGGAACUGGAGCAUAUGAAGAACAGGCCGAUGAUCUUGAUAGGUGGGUAA